GGAUGGAGCCCCCCUCCUUUUAGACAAGUUAGGCUACAAAUAUCGAUCCGUGAGAGGCUGAUCGGACACUAGAGCAUUCAAGGGGGGCUUCACAGAAGGUACUCUUCCAAAGGAUUUGGCUCAACAGACCAGUUCUCGAGACAUGCAGUCUGCCUUUGAAUGUGGAAAAAAUGCUGAGAUACUGGAAAAUGCAUACAGCCAAGAGACAAUGGCUGCCAAAUGCUUUGUCAAACCAGAUAAUAUUGCUAGUUGUAGCAAUGGGAUCCCGCUUGAAAUGACAGCCAGCCAUUCAGUGAAGUUGGCAGAGUCUAGCAAACCGAAAUGCCAUCCAGAACCUAGUCUGAAGAAUGGGUGUUGCCACGGCCUUGAGGAAGCAUCCCUGCAGGGUAUUGGUCCUGAAACAGGCCAUGCUUCAACUUUGUUUAAUGUAUCCUUUGGACAGCUCCCUAGCCCCAAAGUUGCACGUCGCUCCUUGAGUCGCCACAGUCUGAAACUGGGGGUUAGUCGCCGGAAGUCACUGCCGCCUUUUCACAUGGACAUUUUUGAACUGAGUAAGGCAAUCAGCCUGGAUUUGCCAGAGGCUGACAGAAUGACAGCACUUCUUCUUUCGAGUUUCCAGUACUCUGCCCAAAAGCUUGAGCAGUCUCUAAGGCACAUGGAAGGCUUUAAUUUUGAAACUUUUCAGCAGAAUGUGAGCUCACUUUCAGAAGAGCUGAGGCUCCACACAAAGAAACUGAUGCUAGAUGGAACUCUGCAGAAAUGCUUUGAUGACCCAAAAUGGGGUUUGUCAGAUCCUGCAUUCAGUGCAUCGUUGGCUGCUUUAAAGGACACAAUUGCGAGGUUUUCAGCAGAGAAUCAAGCUUGGGAUGAGCUACUUCUGUCCUACCAGAAAAAAGUUGAAGAAAUAUCCAGGCAGUUACAGUCAUGCAAGCUGAAACAAGCGCCAGAGGAAUCUUGCAGCUACCUUGGGACAUCCCAAGCCCAUGUACUUCAAGCCAAGCCAGACUAUCAGAAAAUACUGGAUUGUCAAGGAGAAGUCUUUUAUUGCCUAGAGAGAGUGCUUGAUGAAAUCAGUCAGAUGGUAAAGGUUUGUCAGACCUACGUGGAAGACAUUACAUUGUAUCUCCAGAAGCUAUCAGCACAACUUGCAUCAAGGACUUUCCUGAAAUUAGAGAAAUCACCAGCCCGGAAACUUCUCAGGCUUCUCCAGACAAAAUCAUCUGUACUGCCACCUCCAUAGUGUUAAAGAAAGUUGCAAUUUUGUUUUGGUAACAGGCAUCUUUUCAAGGCUGCCUCAUUCUUCAUCUGACUUUCUAAAACUGACAUUGGAAAUAUCUAGGUAGGCCAUAGCUAUUAGCAACUUAAAAACUGGCUUGGCUGUUAAGUUACUGAAAAGAGCAAAGAAGCUAAUUUCUCCACCCAUGUGUGAUGAUGAAGGGGGGAAAAAAAGGAAGAGAACAGCCAGAAAUAGCAUCUUUUCUUUCUCUUUGAGUGUAUUUUUCUCCACGCUACCUUGAACAUCCUGUGAAUAGUAGGCAAGUCUGAAAAAAUCUUACAGUAUUUUUUAGCUGCUUUGUCUUGUGCACUCUCUUUAAUAUUCUGAUUGCCAAUCAGAAAUAAAAUUUUUAUUGGUAGAUGUGGUGAAAAUUAAUACCCACCUAGUCAGGCAAAUAUUGGUACAGAAUAAGUAUUAUUGAUUUCAAACUGGAAUGACAAAAAAUGUUUUCUGGAAUCCCACGUUCUGGUAUAUUCCCUUCCCCCCCCAACAGGAAUUUCGGGGGGGGCAGGACAUGUAUUGCACAUUUAAUAUGCAAUAAAAAGUAGUGGGGAGUGCCCUAGUUCAUCUAAUGCCGUAGUUUAGGAUAUUCUGCUUCAAGUCUCCCCAACUCCUGUGGAUAUCCUGUGGAUUUCAUAUCAUUCAUUCGGACUGAGCAAAAUCUUCAUGGGGCUUUUCUCCUUUUUUUCCGCCAGAAUUGUCUAGAACUUGUCAGCAAAAACUUGAAGAAGUAGAAAUCAAACAUCUAAACUUGACAGGGUUCCCUUGAACAUGCUGGCGUCUCCCUCUAGCAUUCGACAGCUUAGUAACAUUACAGAUCUCGGUCCCGAAUU